CGACCCCGCCGGGGGCGCCCGGGGCCCGCAGCCGCUCUUCUCCUUCCCUGUCCUCCCACCGCAGGAAGGCCGGGGCCCAGCCAGAGCCCGCCGAGCUGUUCGCCCAGCAAGAGGAGGAGCCCGUGCCCUGGGCUGGAGACCAGGAAGACAACGAAGACGACGACAACGACGACGAAAACAACGACGACGGCCAGGACACGUGGGCCUUCGAGCAGGACGAGGCCUUAAGGGAACAGAAGAACAGCUCCAACAAAAUGGGAAGAAAAGACACCGAGAGCUGUAGCACCAACCUGCCAGUGGCGAGCACCUCUCAGGAGAAUCUCUCUCAAUGGAACCUGGAUGCAGAAGAACUCUUUGAUGAAAAGGAGAGCUUCUCAUCUGAAAACGAUGGUGCGGCAGGUGGCAAGACUAACAAGAACCAUCUGGAAAAUCCAGCCGAACAGCUGGUAUUGCAGCUGACCGUAUCAGAGCAUCCUCACAGCAGAUCACAGCAGAACAGUAAUCAAGGGGUAUUUCAGCUAUGGAGUUCUCCUGUUAAUAAAGGAAGUACCAUAGAUAAAAGAAACUGCAGUGUGGAAGAAAGUAUCACAGAUGAGAGUGACUUGUCCGAAAACGAGAAAAUGAAUGACUCUCUGCUCAGCUACUUUAAAAAGAUGGACCUGAAGUUAAAGCCAGAAAGGAUAGAACAUGUGGAGAGAGCUUUCACAGAGGAAGCAGACGAAGUGUCUGUAUAUGCCGACUUUCUCCCUGCCCCUUUCAACACUCUGGACCUGCACAGAUUUGCCUUCUCAAAAUGUGAAAGCUGGAGGGCAGCCGUGGACCCUCCAGAAAGUUCCAUUGAGCGCUUGAUAAUUCGUUUAUUGGAACUGGAAAGAUUACAACAUAUGACCAUACAGAGAGAGAGGCCAAGACUCCAAAGCACUUUCUGCAGCUCCAUGUUCUCAGUGGCAGAACGACCCUCUUCCUCUAAAGCCAUUGCACUGAAAGCCAAGCCUCCGAAGAAUCCUGAAACAUCGACUCUCCAGACCUCUGGCAUAGAUAAAAAUCGAGACAAGAGAAAAAACAACUCUGGCUCUGGCAAACCAGAACAAAAUGUUUCCAAAGGGAGCUUGAGCAAAAGUAAGUCGAACUCUAGACAGUUGCUAAAAUGUCCAUCCACUUCAAAACAGUGUGCUGUGGCCCACGAUGACCUAAAGAAUUCCAAAAACUCCAUUUUAAACUCUUGCCAGGAACCCCCACCCAAGCCUACUAAUACUACCCAAGCAACUCAACCGAUGGCUAAAGUGGUCUCAACAAGAUGCCUCCCACCGAGGUCCCCGAUGCCAGUUUCCCCUAUACCCCUGUCCUUCCCUGAAAAUCCAAGGGAAGAAGGUAAAGUGCCAAGGACCAAAAAGAAAUGUCACCGAAAAAGCAUACUACUGAAUCGAUCUUUCUAUAUUCAGAAGCGAAACUGCUUAUCACCUUCACUUAUAGCCAGGGGCAAGUGCUCACCCACUGACCAAAAAUAGCUUUCAUACAUCUCAAUGUGAGUGAAUCUAUUCCAUGAAACCCAGCUAAAAUAUGGUUCAUCAUUGAGACACAGGUAUUAGAAACAAAAAACCUCACCCUUACAAAGUAAUUCCUUGAUAUGACAUGGGUAGAGCUCAUGAAUGUCACUGCUGACUCUAUAUACAGCCAAGGGCUUCUUCACUGACAUUGACAAUCUUUUGUAUGUUAUACUUCGAAGAAACGUCUCAUUUAGUAAAGUAAACUAUUCAGAAGACUGUUCUUUUGUUGUGAUUGUUUUCCAAUGAUUCCAUCAUUAAUAAAUAGUAUAAUUG